CGAGCGGACAAAUCCCCGGCCCGUACACCGAGCCUCGGGCUCGGUCGGCUUUUUCCCGUCCGAGCCGCGCCCUCCUCGAACCCGAGCUCCCAACCGGGAUAUUCCCGCCCGACGAUUACUUCGUAUAGGGGAGAAAGGUCAGAGCUAGGAGCUCCUCUUUAUUCCCCCCUCUCUGUGGUUCUCUCCCCUGAUCUCAGAGAUGGCAAGGGCAUGGCUUGUUAGUAGUAGGGGAAUUGCAAGGAAGGUAAAAAAUGCCACCUGCUUUUCUAACUAUCAAAUCAGAGACUUGGGAGUGGAAGCAAGUCGGGAAUGCCCCAAUUGCAAACACCUUAUUGAUAACAGUGAUGUUACUAUAGAAUGGCCUGGACUUCCUGCUGGUGUUAAGUUUGAUCCAUCUGAUGUAGAGCUGAUACAACAUUUAGCAGGAAAAGUUGGGAUAGGAAAUUCGAAGCCCCAUAUGUUUAUUGAUGAAUUUAUUCCAACUCUGGAGGAGGAUGAAGGAAUCUGCUACACGCAUCCCAAAAAUCUCCCUGGUAUCAAGAAAGAUGGAAGCAGUGUUCAUUUCUUUCACAGAAUAUCAAAUGCAUAUGCAUCUGGCCAUCGUAAGCGCCGUAAGAUCCAUGAUGAUUGCGAUAAGUCUGAGGAGCGUGUAAGGUGGCACAAGACAGGCAAAACUAUACCUGUGCUAGAGAAUGGUGUUCACAAAGGCUGGAGGAAAAUUCUGGUGCUAUACAAAAGUUCAAAAGGUGGCGGCAAACCAGAUAAGGCUAAUUGGGUGAUGCAUCAGUACCAUAUUGGGACCGACAAAGAUGAAGAGGAUGGUGAACUUGUGGUUUCAAAAAUUUUCUUCCAACAGCAGGCAAAGCAAAUAGAUAACAGUGGCAUUGAUCAAGUCAAUGAGGAACCUGACAUGUUUGCUGCCAGGGUUAGUCCUAGAACCCCUAAGACAAAUACUCCACAGCCACCCUGGUCAAAAAAGAAUUCUCUGCUUGAUACUGAUGAGCAUAAUCUACAGCUCUUGCCAGGCCGUAUUGAACGAUAUCCAGUAGUUGAGGUGGCCUCAGCACCCUUGCCUGUGGUUGACUUAACGGAUGAAGGUGAGAGCCCUGCCUGGUGGGCUGGUGAAUCUCUAGCUGUUGAAGAACCAGAUCCAAACAAUUUGGAUGAGUCAUUGUUAUGCCAUGAAGUGCUUGAUUCUUUUCCUCCUAUCGAAGAUUCUUUUGACUAUCCAAACUUAAAUCGUGACAAGAAUGAGACACCUGCUACACAAGCCAAUACACUUUGUGGGUUCUCUGAUCUUGAUAACAUCAUAAUUGACACACCGCCAGAUUUUCAGCUUGCUGACUUGCAGUUUGGUUCACAAGAAAGCAUCACAAGUUGGCUAGACCGUUUAUAGAAUGAAAGAUGUGAGAACCAGUACCUCCGAAAGAUCUCAAUGAAGCCCCAGUUUUGUGUUUCGUGGGUCUUGUGCUCUAAUGAUGAAUAUGUUCUCGUUUGUAUAGGCAGCUGAAUGGGGUGAGAGAGGCAAGAUGCUUGUGUGGUUAUGUUGUCCAUCAUUUUCCUCAGCUCUUUGUUCGCUAAUAUUUAGACAAGAAACUGGAAGGACUCGAAAUUUUUGCAUAUAAACCUCCCUACAGAUCCAAGUCCUAGGUAGGUUGGCUUUGCGUUGCACUAUCUGUUUAUUCAUUGUUGUGAAUGUCUCACUGUUUCCUUUUA